GUAGCACACCGGUGGAGAGACCGAUAGGAGAACCGCGACUUUGACCGGCCACGGUUAUUUACAUGGAGUACCCGCUCCACCUCAUCUUAUUACCUCGGAUCCCACCGCCGCCUCUUCGGAAAGGGAUAGCCGACUUUUAAACAUUAUCAGAGCGGGAGAAAAAAGGAGUAUUUAUCCAUGUUUUCCUCAGCCAUCAAGACAUCUCAAUAAUUCGUCAUGGACAUGGAGUGGUCAGGAAUGACCAUUUUCCUCCAUUUGGCCGGGUUGGUUUUGACUUUGUCCAUCCCUGGCGCAACAUCUGAGUCGGCCGCUCUGCGCUUCUUGGGGCAGACGGACUUUGUUGUCAACGAGAGCAGCACGGCUGUGGUCCGGCUGGUCGUGGAGAGAGUGGGAGACCCCGUCAAUGUCACGGCUUUGGUUCUGCUGGAGGGAGUCGACACAGGCGAUUUUGAGGCUGUUAAUGCUGCCGUCUUUCUGCUGUCCACUGAAUCCAGUAAGACCAUCUUCAUUGCAGUAAAAGACGACGACAUGCCUGAAGCGGAUGAGACGUUUACCUUUAACCUCACUCUACAGAGCUCCUCCAACGGUGUGACACUGGGAACACCCAACAAAGCCACCAUCACAAUCCUGUCCAAUGAUAAUGCCUUUGGAAUCAUCGCCUUCAACUCAACUGAGGAGGUCAUAGUUGAUGAACCGAGAGGAGGAAACCAGUUUGUGCCUCUCACUCUAAUCAGGGAAAAGGGGACAUAUGGAACAGUGACUGUGAAUUUUGAGAUCUCUGGGGGGCUCAAUCCUGCCUUUGAGGACCUCACUCCAGACAGAGGAAAUAUCACGAUUCCUGUUGGACAUUCUGUCAUUCACUUCAGCAUCCUCAUCCGGGAUGACCAGAUUCCAGAAGAUGAUGAAGUGUUUUCAGUCAAGCUCACGGGCAUAGCAGGUGGAGCUCUCCUCAGGCCCAACGGCAGCAGCGUUCAGCUGAGGAUCCGACGUAAUGACAGCCCACUGAGGUUCUCACACUCGAUCAUAGCAGUUCCAGAGUCUGCUGGGGUCAUCGCCCUGAAUGUGACACGUGGUCGGCUAAGUGAGGACGGGCCACUUGUUGGCUCUGUUGACACUGAGGUUUCUGUGGAUUAUGUGCUUGUAAGUGGCAAAGGUCCGGUGAGCGCCACAGCUGAUGAGGACUUCAUUGACCUGCAGCCGGUCAGGACCGUCACCUUCCCUCCAUUUGUCUACAAGUCUAGCUUGUUGUUUAACAUCACGGAUGAUGAAGUGCCAGAAAUCGCAGAGUCUUUCCAAGUGGUACUGCUGGAGGCAAGCCUUAAAGGAGAUGUGGUACUAGUUUCACCCUCGACUGUGCUUGUGACCAUUGAGCCGAAUGAUAAGCCACAUGGCGUCCUGUCAAUCAGCAGCAGUGCAGUCAUUCAACCAAUCAGCAUCGACGAGGACCUGACACAGAGAUUUGAGGGCAUCGUUAUUGUUAGAAAUGGAGGUAGCUAUGGCAAAGUGUCCGCCAACUGGUCCAUUAGUCGAAACUCUAAUGUCCUAACGCCAGUAUCUGAUGACUUGGCACCUGUGGCUGGGGUGGUGACCUUUGCCCCUGGCCAGGUAACUGCUGUGAUUCCAAUAAAUAUCAUAACAGACGAUCUACCUGAAGAGGCAGAAGCUUUUGUUCUAAGGCUGCUGCCGCAUUCUGUGACUGGGGAUGCUGAGGUGGACGAACCAAUGGAGAUGGUGUUUUACAUCCAAGACAGUGAUGACGUCUACGGCAUAUUUCGCUUCAACCCUGAAAAAGAGCAAAGCAUCCAAAGCCAACCUGAAGGCCGUUUCCUUUCACUAAACUUCCUGCGGGACAGUGGCAUGCUGGGCAAAGUCUCACUGAGUCUCACAGCCCUCUACAUUCCCGCAGGUCCGAUAGACCCAGUACUGGCACGAGACCAGGUUCUAAAUGUUAGCAGAACUGUGAAUGUUGUCUUCCCUCGUGAACGUACGGCCCUCGUCAUACUGCCUAUCAGGAACGAUGCUUUUCUGCAGAAUGGAGCUCAUUUCUUCAUACAGUUGAAUGCACUGGACCUUGUUGACAUCACUCCCAUGAUUCCUUCAAAAAGUCCAAGGUUUGGGGGGCCUGUCAAUCUCACCCUGACAGUCACUCCUGAUAUCGCCAAUGGGGAAAUUGGUUUCACAAGUAACAGCACAGUGGCGGUUCAUGAACCAGAGCGCAGUAACAGCAGCAUGGUGAGCCUCCCGCUGCGGCGCGACGGCACAGACGGUCAAGCUGUUGUGUUCUGGAGUCUCAAGCCAAUCGGAGCCAACCGUGAGGACGUAACAUGGAAUGAUCUGGAACCUCUCAACGGCUCUGUUGUCUUCAUGUCUGGGCAGAGCGAUGCCUCCAUCAACCUCACUAUCAUUGCAGACAAUACACCAGAAGUCAAUGAGACCUUGCUGCUUACCCUUGAUAGGAGUAAUGUUGAAAAUCAGAUCCUGAAAGCUGGCUUUACCACCAGAGAGAUUGUCAUCAUGGAGAACGAUGACCCUGGGGGUGUCUUUGAGUUCUCUCCAUCCUCUAGAGGUCCAUGGUUGAUCAAUGAGGGUGAGGCCGUAGAGCUCCAUGUGGUCCGAGCCCAGGGACAGCUGUUGAAACAGCUGGUGCGAUAUGCCGUCAUGCCUGCCGGCAACACCGAAUUCUACGGCGCCACGGGCAUCUUGGAGUUUAAACCAGGCGAGAGGGAGGUGGUGGUGGCCCUGGUGGCCAAGCCUGAUGGCGUGCCAGAGGUGGAUGAGACUUUCUCCGUUGUACUCAGCAGCCACAGCACUCCUCCCAGUCGCCUCGGAAGCCACAAGGAGGUCAACGUCACAGUGCGCAGGAAUGACGACCCCUUUGGGGUUAUCGAAUUCAGGGAUUCAGGAGCAACUCUGGCCAUCAGUGAGAGCAAAGGCAACGAGACAUUCCAAGCGACCUACUUAGUGGAGAGGAGCAGGGGGCUCUUCAGUGAAGUGUCUGUUUCAUGGAUCCUAGAGCCAGCUUCAUCUGAAGAUGUUAGCCCUGUCCAGGGAAACAUCACAUUCAAGGAUGGGGACUCCUUGAAAAACCUGACUCUCCUAUCCUUACCUGAUGAGACACCUGAAGGCCUGGAGAAUUUCACAGUCACUCUGGUGAACACAAGUGGAGGAGCAAGGCUGGGAAGCAGGGUCUCAGCCCAUUUUCAGAUCAGCAAAAAUGAUGACCCCAUUUAUUUUUCUGAACCUGUCGUUGUGAGGCUUCAGGAAGGCGACGUGGCCAAUUUCAGUGUUCUGCGGGCGGGUCGCGCGGACGAUGUCGGCACAGUGGCGUACCGUGUGGAAUAUGGUGAUUCGUCACCUGGCGAUCUCAGCCCUCUCAGUAAUGACACAUUGUUGGUGUACGACAUAGGGGAAUGGAUGAAAAACAUCUAUGUGGCCAUAGAAGACGACAACAUACCAGAGACUGAUGAGCACUUCUUCAUUGUCUUGUAUAAUGCCACCGGUGAUGCGGUGGUGUACGGAGCAGACACGGCUACUGUGGUCAUUGAGGCCAAUGAUGACGCUAAUGGCAUUUUCUCACUGGAGCCAAUGGAAAAGAGGGUUGAAGAGGGGAAAAGCAAUAACUUCUAUGUCUUGCGAGCACGAGGUCGUUUUGGUAAUGCAACAGUCUUCUGGCAGCUUUAUACCAAUGACUCCAUCACGCCAUUGAUGCAAAGUCAAGAGUUUACCGUCACCUCUGGCUCCAUCACUUUCACCGCAGGAGAAGAUUCCAAAGCUAUCAUCCUGGAGGCCAUCUCAGAUAAGCUUCCAGAAUUCAAUGAGUUCUUUGUCCUCAGACUGGUUAAUAUUUCUUAUGGCCAACUUGCUGCGACUUCUCUGAGUGCCUCGCUUGUCAUUCCCUUCAAUGACGACCCGUAUGGUGUGUUUGCCAUCGCCGACAGCGAUCUGGACCAAGAAGUAGCAGAGGAUGUACUGUCAGAGGAGGAUAUGGCGGACGUCUCUUCCUUUACCAUCCUCCGACAACAGGGUACUUUUGGCGACGUGCGGGUUGCCUGGGAGAUUGUAUCCGGACACUUCCCAGAGGGUCUUCCUCUGAUGGAUGACCUGCUUCUUCUAGCGUCCUUCCCGGAUGCGGUCGAGCUCAGGCCUCGUGCCAGAAGACACCACUCUGCAACAGACACAUGGUUUUUCUCUGGACAUCAUGGAGCUUACGGGACCAUUUCACCCAAAGAUUCACCUCCUGUGCCGGGCAACUUUACAUUCUCUGCAUGGCUGGUCCCCAGAGUGGCUACUGAUGGCUUCAUUAUCUCCAAAGGAAUCACAAAUGGCACCUUGUAUUAUGGUGUGAAAGUCCACACCAAUGAGUCUUAUAUCACAGUGAAGUUGUACUACACAGUGACAGGAUCAAAUAAUACCCAAGUAGCCCAGGCCACUGGUGCCAAAUUUGUGGAAGACAAUACAUGGCUACAUUUGAUCAUUUCUGUGGAUGAUGGAAUUAUUCAGUUUUUCCUGGAUGGGAACCCUAUUCCUGGAGGCCUGAAGAGCGUCAAAGGAGAAGGCAUCGCUGAUGGUCCUGCUUCUAUAUUCCUUGGGUCAGAUCCAUCAGGUCAACAGCGGUACACAGGCCUCCUUCAAGAUGUUCGCAUGUACCAUACCAGACUGAACCGUAGCCACAUACAUGAGCUUCACAGCCAACCUGCAAAAACGGACCUGCGCAGCAUCUCAGGUUACCUCCGAUACAAGCCACAGGAGAGCCAGAAGUCGUUUGUGGUGGAAGUCAAGGAUGAUGAUGAAGAGGAGGGGGAGGAACUGUUCUACCUGCAGCUGGUGGCCGUAAGUGGCGGCGCCCGCCUGCCCUUCCCCAGGCCCACGGCCGUGAUACGCGUCAUGAAGAGUGACAAUGCCAACGGGCUUUUUGGGUUCACGGGUGGCUGCAUACCUGACACCACUGAGGAGGGUUCAACCGUUUCCUGUGUUAUUGAGCGGAUGCGAGGAUCUCUGGACCAUGUAUAUGUCAAUUAUUCUGUUACCCAAGUGAAUGGCGUGGACAGUGGGAGGCCUGCACAUGAGGAUUUUCUCAAUGCCACUGGAGUUGUUCUUUUCUUGAGUGGGCAGCGCUCUGAGGUACUGAACCUACUGGUGUUGGAUGACAAUCUCCCUGAGCUGGCAGAGACCUUUCAAGUCAUACUGGUGUCAGCAGGAUCCAGUGAUGGGAAACUGGGCUCAACUCCUGCCAGCGGCGCAAGCAUUGACCCCAGUAAUUCUGUUAACACAGUCACUGUCAUGGCGAGUGACCAUCCCUUUGGCUUGCUGCAGUUCCAAGCUCAUCUUCCGGGCGAGGGAUUGAUCGCCCCUGCAUUGGAACCUGCGCACAUCACUGUCAAAGAGGAAGAUGGACAGGUCCGACUGCCAGUGGCCAGGGCCCAAGGCCUUUUGGGGAGGGUCAUGGUGGGAUACAGGACAACCCCCUUCACAGCAUCCAGCCCAGAAGACUAUGAGGACUCAGAGGGUAUGCUGGAUUUCCUUCCAGGAGAAAGGUUAAAGUUCAUUACGGUAACCAUCAUUGACAAUCCUGUCCCUGAGCUGGACAAGGACUUUAGAGUGGAGCUCUACAAUACCAAUGGAGGAGUGGAUCACUUUCUGCAUGUUGAGGAAAGUGGUAGUGGGGAGAGUGACUCUGAUUUCCUGCCUUCAUCUUUUCUUCACCAUGCCAGCUUGGGAGCUGCCUCCCGCAUCACGGUCACCAUUGCAGCCUCUGAUGAUGCCCACGGAGUCUUUGAAUUCAGCCCUGGCUUCCUGUCCGUUAACGGAACAGAACCUGAGGGUGGACAGAGCUCUGUAGUUCUACAGGUUGAUCGGUCAUUUGGUGAUCUCUCCAAUGUGACUGUGAACUGGGAAGCUGAUCCUAGCUCCGAAGGGGAACUCUUGAAUCAGUCUGGUAACAUCUCCUUUGGCAUUGGUCAGACAUCAGAGUGCAUCAUCAUUACUGUGGCCCAGGAUGAGGUCCCUGAAUUGGACAUGAGUUUUACCGUGUCUUUGGUUAAUGUGUCUCAUGGACGUCUGGGUGUCAAGUCUUCUGCAACGCUAACUGUGCUCGCCAGUGACCACCCAUAUGGUGUUUUUGUUUUCGCCAACACAACAAGGCCCAUUCGCCUGCCUGAAGGAGACUCAGCUCUUACCCUCAGCAUACUGCGACAGAAAGGCCUGAUGGGACAGGUGCGGGUCACAUUCAGGACACUAAAGGAAGCAGAUCCAGCACCUUAUAGGACACCCGGGGUGGGCCGAGCCUCUGAAUGGCAAGACUUUGUUCCACUCCUAGAUUCAAUUGUUUUCUUGGCCAAUCAAAGUGAAGCAAACAUCACUGUCAGAGUGUUGGAUGAUGAGGAUCCAGAGAGAGACGAGUCUGUGUUUGUACAGUUGAUCAGCGUUCAGCUUGUCAAAGGAGGCCAGGAGAGGCCUAUUUCCAACUCCCCCUCUCUUGGCCCCAGGAUAGAAAUUGUAGCCCAGGUGAUAGUGGAGGCUAGUGAUGAUGCCUUUGGUGUCCUUCAGCUGUCAGCUUCUGCUGUCAGCGUGGCUGAAGACUAUGUUGGACCUAUCAUAAAUGUCACACGUGUCGGGGGGAUAUUUGCAGACGUAUCCGUCAAGUUCAGAGCCGUGCCUUUGACCGCCAGAGUCAGUGAAGAUUACAGCGUAGCCUCCACUGAUGUCGUCCUUCUUGAAGGGGAAUCCAGCAAAUCGGUACCCAUUUAUGUCAUCAAUGAUGUGGUCCCCGAACUGGAGGAGACCGUUGUUGUUGAGUUGAUUAAUCAGACUACUGGAGGAGCUCUGCUGGGAGAGCUCACACGUGCCAUCAUCACCAUAUUGCCUUCUGAUGACCCUUUUGGUGCCUUUGUCUUCCAUGCUGCUCCAGUCACCAUAGAGGAACCAGCAUCAGAGUCUAUUGAAGUUGCACUGCCAAUAGUUCGUAAUGCUGGUACUAUUGGGACAGUGGUAGUCCAAUGGAAGGCCACUGUCAGUGGUAAACUAGCAGUGGGGGACAUCAGACCUACAUUGGGAGAGGUGACCUUUGCUCCCGGAGAGACCAUGAAGACUCUCCAAGUGCAGGUCUUAGCAGAUGAUGUUCCUGAAAUCACUGAGAUUAUAAAUAUAGAACUCACCAGUGCCAGUAAUGGUGGGAACCUCGGAACUGAUUCAUCUGUUAACAUUAAAGUGCCUGCUAAUGACAAUCCAUAUGGCACAGUGUACUUUGGACAGUCUGUUUACCGCAUCCAGGAGCCACUGGAAGGCGUCUUUGGAGCAAAUAUUACUGUCCACAGAAGAAAAGGGAACUUCGGCCGCCUGCAAAUCCUGUACAGCACAUCGGAGAUCGACCCAGUCGGUUCAGCUCAGGCUGAGGGCCAGAACUUGCUGGCCUACUAUGACAUCCCAAAACCAGGGAUUCCAGCCACUUCCCCUCAAGGCUCACUUAACAUCACUGGUCAGAAGGAUCCCUUGUCUGCCUGUGCUGCUGCAUGCCUGAGAGAACGUGCCUGCCAAGCCUUCUCCCUAUCCUCUAGCACAAUCUCGCCACCCUGCACUUGGGUGACUUCAGGGGAUGAGAAACUUGAAACAACGUCUCAGGUCAUGACUUAUGUGAAAAAUGUGACUGCAGCUACUGUCCUGUACAGCAGCCAAGCCUCUGCAGGGACCGAUUACAUCCCUGCGAUGGCCGAAAGUGCCUUUAUGGAGGACGGCUCAGGGGAAGCAAACCUCACUGUGCUCAUUUUGACAGAUAAAUUCCCUGAAAUGGAUGAAAGCUUUGCUGUACAGAUCUUAAAGGUAGGACUGAUGAAUUUGACCACAGACCAGAAGAACCUGCCCUCUAUUGGCCAGCCACAUAAAGCAGUGGUCACCAUAGGGUUGAACGGGGAUGCGUUUGGCGUGUUUUUGAUAUACAGCGCCAAUCCCAAUGCCACCAACGAAGGGCUCUACGUUGAGGUUCGUGAAGAGCCUUUGACGGUGGUUCCUCUGGUGAUUGAAAGGAGAGGAGGCAACUUGGGGACGGUCACUGUGGAGUGGAGGUUUGUUGGAGGAAAAGCCACACCAGAUAGAGACUUUACUGGAACUGGGGGAACUUUGGUUUUUGAUGGUGAUCUCAAGAACACAAUUGAGAUUGUAAUCAGAGACGAUAUUGAGCCAGAAGACAACGAGAGCCUCCUUAUUGGCCUUGUUAAUACGGAGGGAGGAAGUCGUAUCCUCCCCAGCUCGGAUACCGUCAACAUCGUGAUUCUGGCUAAUGAUAACGUGGCCGGCAUUGUGGGUUUCCAUCCAGCAUCACGUUCAGUCAUCGCCAGGGAGGGUGAAAAGCUGCCCUUGUUAGUUUUGAGGACUGCUCCAGGCGUGGGUAAUGUCACAGUGAAUUGGACAAUACAGGGUCCCCUUUUAGAACAGACCUUCACUCACAACUCAGGGAGACUUUUAUUUCAUGAGGGACAGCUGAAUAAUACCAUCGUUGUACAGCUUCUUGAUGAUGUCAUACCAGAGGACAAAUCUGUAUACAAAGUUUUCUUGACCAGCAUCCAAACUUUUGGUGUUGCGGUGCCAGGCCACGCCACACUUGACAUUCAGGGAAGUGAGGCGGUGUUUACAGUGGAUACCAGUGACGAACCAUAUGGGCUGUUGACCAUUGCAGCAUCGUCCCUAAGGGUGACCACUGAGGAGCGAGAGCACACUAUAAACAUCUACAUCAACAGGGAGUUCGGAGCUUCAGGAGCUGUGAAUGUCACCUAUGAGGUUCUCAAAGGUUCCCUGGAGAACCUCUCCCAGGUAGAAGGUGCUCUUGCUGACCCAGGACAAGACUUCUUGGCCGGAACAGGUUCUGUGAUUCUUCAGGAGGGUCAGACUUCUGUUGCUAUCCCUGUCACCAUAUUGGAGGAUGACAUUCCAGAGUUGCAGGAAUACUUCCUGGUCAACAUUACAUCAGCAGUACUUCUAACAACCCUUGCCACAGUUCCUCGACUAGAAGUCGUGUAUUGCACAUUACCAGACACUGAGGGUUUGGUGGCAGAGGUCAGCAUUGCUGCUAAUGAUGGCAUGAGAGGAGUCGUUGAAUGGACGAACACCAUGUUUGAAGUGAAUGAAACGUUAGGGAUUCUGACCCUAGUGGUCUACAGGAACAAGGGCACAUAUGGGAAUGUUUCACUUUUCUUCUACGCUCAGAACCUUGAAGCUCAGCAAGGCCUGGACUACAACACCAGCGAAACGGUGCUUCAUUUUGUCAACGGUGAAAGACAUAAGUUUGUAGAGGUCCAGAUCAUUGAUGACAUCAUUCCAGAGGGAGCGGAACGAUUCCAGAUGAUACUGUCCGAUCCAUCACCUGGGCUUGAAUUUGGCACCAAUACCACAGCCACUGUGAACAUACUGGCGAGCGACGAUGGACAUGGUGUCAUAUCUUUUAACGCCAGCAUGCCUUUCUUAUUGAAAGAACCCACGUCUUAUCUGGGGUUGAGCGAGAGCAUGGCCGCCCUCUAUGUGGUUCGGAUCCCCAAAGAGGGCACAUUCGGUACCGUGACUGUGCAGUUUACCAUAGCAGAUGCCAAUGGCAGCCUUGCCAGUGGUGAUCUCAUACCGGCACAAGGGUUUGUAUUGCUGGAGGAUGGCGUCAGCUUUAAGAUGCUUGAGAUCAGAGCAUUGCUAGAUGCUGAGCCUGAAGGGAAUGAGACCUUCACAGUGACCCUGUCCAACCCAACCGGGGGCGCACGUCUAGGUGACCGACUGCACGCUGUCAUCACUGUCCUCGAGAACCUUGCUCCAUCUGGCUUGUUCCGUAUUGGACCCACUCUCAAUAGAGGUAGCACAGAAGUGGUGGCAAAUGAAGGAGGUGGACCCAUAUUCCUCACAGUGUCUCGCAGCAAUGGCUUGGAGUCCGCUGUCAGCGUAGAGUGGGAGACACAGUCUGACACAGCUGUUGCUUUAGAGGGUCCUCUCCUGAUGAUGGGUUUGUACCAAAGCUUUGAGGAUAGCCCCACUUCCAGUUGGUGCUCUAUCCCCGGAAUGCCAUCUAUCCUUGCAGUCAGACUUGAUAAGAGUCCUGCUGUGGGAUCUUCCCAUACUUUGGCCACUGUCUAUCAAUGGCAAGGAGUUUUUGUGCCCGUAGAGUCUGCUAGGAUUCAGGACCCAAGUUCUUGUGUUGGGUUUGCACUUAAAAACACAAGCUACAUCGCCAUCACACAUGGUGGUGCCCCUUUUGCCCCUGCAACCAAUCUCAGCAUCUUAAAACUACACAGGGACCUCAAUGUCACAUUGGAACAAAUCAUAGGUGUGGAAGGUCUGGAAGUGAAAUACUUCUCAAAUGAAGACAGAGAUUUUCUUAUUGCAUCGAGUCAGAUAUUUGUUUGGACCAGCAGCUCCUUCACCCUCGUGCAGACCCUUGACUUUAAAGAAGAUAUUGUCAGUGUGACUCCAUUCACCCGCACAGAUGGUCUUUAUUUAGUAGUUUGCUUAAACCGUGAGACGAACAGCUGCUUCCUUCUUCACUGGGCCGGCGGAAGAUUUGGGAAUGCACAGCCCCUACCUGUCACAGGCAGAGUCAGCCAGGUGGAGAUAGUCCAGAGAGCAGAGGACACUCUUGUCUUGGUGCUUCUUCAAGGUGUCCUUCUUUCCUGUGAGGUGCUUCUAUGGAAUUUAGGGCAGCGUUCACCUGAGUUGCAUCAGUCCAUUCCUCACCCAGGCCUCACCUCAAUUCAUUCGUUCACAGCUCCUUCUGAACUCAUGUACAUCCUGCUAGCUGGUAGAAAUAGCUCAUCACUUUACUCCUGGAGGUCUGAUGCCAGCCUGUUCACCAUCAUACUGAAGGCCCCGCCAGCUAUGAGAUUCCUCUCCUUUAAAGUCCCAUCCCUCAACACCACCAAAACACUCUUGGCUUCUUCUGAGGAGAAGCGUUCCAGAAUUUAUCAAUUAACUUCUGUCUCCAAUCAGUCUGACUUCAUACCCGGCUUUGGCGAGCUGCAUUUCUUACCCGGUGACAGCGAGCUACAGAUUGCGGUGAAUGUGUUAGAUGAUGAUGUUCCUGAACAGCAGGAGAACUUUCAGGUCCACCUGAAGAAUCCGAAGGGUGGGGCAGAGAUUGGAUUUGGCGGUCAGGUGACUGUUGUGGUUCCAAGCAAUGACAACGCCCACGGAGUGAUUGGAUUUGCGCAGAAUUCUCUGUCUCUGGAGGUUGAGGAGUUGGAGCAAAAUCAUCAAAUCUCAUUCACAGUGGAGAGGAGAAGAGGGACGUUUGGCAGACUGACUUUUCACUGGACUGCCAGUGGGAGUCUGGCGGACAUUUACCCCACUUCCGGAGUGGUUACGUUCUCAGAGGGUCAGUCGGUCGCCAUCAUUCCACUGACUGUACUAGCAGAUGAUAUUGCAGAGCUAAGAGAGAGCGUCACCGUGACCCUCAUGGAUGUGACCACAGUCGAGCUGCUGGACAUACAACAGGCUGCUGUUAUUGACAAGUUGCGGGCGCAAGCUCUGCUCACCAUCCUGCCAAAUGGUUCUCCCUACGGGGUGAUUGGAUGGCAUCUGGACUCUCAGAUUACUCUAACACAAGAACCGCAGGGUUUUCCAGUCAAUCUGACUUUGUCCAUAGUGCGGGAGCACGGCUCCUCUGGUGAGGUGAAAAUACAUUAUGAGACCAGGCCAGCCUUGUACCAAUCUCCAUCCAACCAAGCCUCCGCAGAUCAGGACUACGUCGCCAAAGAUGGUACCCUUAUUAUGAGCGAAGGAGCAACUUUGGCCAUUGUGACCAUUACAAUCCUUCCGGAUGACAUCCCAGAACUGUCAGAGAGUUUCCUGGUAAAUAUCACCAAUGUGGCGCUAGUUAGUGGGCUAGCAGAAGCGGGCCAGCCCUCAGUGAAGCGACCUGGCAUGGAAGUAGCUAAGGUAACCAUCCAGGAAAAUGACAACCCUCGAGGGAUCUUGCAGUUUGUUGUUCUUGAAGAUGGCCCUGAAGUUAUGGUGGCCUACGAGAUGCCAGCACCUGACAACAUUUUCCACCUGACAGUGUUUCGACUUGCUGGCGCAAUUGGAAGACUGGUCAUCUACUGGGAGGCUCAGCCCCUUACUGCUGAUCCAAAUGAUUUCAGCCCCUCAUCUGGCAACAUCACCUUCCAAGAUGGGCAGAGGGAAGCUGUGAUCGCUAUCACCAUCUUGGAUGAUGACCGUGUGGAGGCUCUGGAGAAAUUCGAAGUAACUUUACUGCGGGUGAUUGGUGGCGCUCGGCUGGGAGAUGUGACCUCUGUCACAGUCAACAUUCCGGCCAAUGAUUCACCUCUAGGACGAUUUGGAUUCCAACAGCUUGAGGUUACCGUAAGUGAGCCGGAGUUUGUCGACGAUUCCGCUGCUGUGGCUCAACUAGCAGUACUGCGCAGUGAAGGAGGCGAGGGGGCCGUGACACUGGUGUGGCAACUGGAAGGACAAGCUGUUCAUGACCUCUCACCUCUCAAUGGGACUCUUGUCUUCACUGAGACUGAAUCUAUGAAGACGUUUGUGAUAAGAGCCCUUACUGACAGAGUUCUGGAGGGAGAUGAGCACUUCACAGUCAAGCUCUUUCCUGCAAGUGGCAGCAUUGCUGUCAUUGACCCUUUAAAUGGUUUGGCAACCAUCACUAUCAUAGCAGACAAGGCUGCCCUGGGGAUUAUAGGGCUGGAAGAGUCGUCAAGGAACAUUGUCAUUGGAGAACCUAAAGGAAUUUAUAAUGGGAGUGCUGUUGUCAACCUUGUUCGUGGGCCAGGUGUGUUCGGUCAGGUGCAGGUGCAUUGGAAUAUCACUCCUGCUUUGGUUUCUGAAUUCCAAGACAUCUCUGGCUCAGUAACAAUGAAAGACCAGCAAUCAUUUGCUUCUUUUAUUCUGAAGGCUGUGGAUGAUGAUUUUCCUGAGGAACGUCGCAAUUUCCAGCUAACACUGACGUCCAUGACCCCAGGACUGGAACUCAGUCCCACUGCACAGCAUGCCAGGAUAACCAUGGCAGCCAGUGACAACCCUUACGGCCUGUUUUCUCUCACCCAGCAGCAGAUAAGCGCAAUUGAAGAGGAGGAAACUGUGAAUGUGACUGUCAGUCGCACUUUGGGCAGUUUAGGAAACGUGUGGGUCACCUACCAGACCUCAGGCAACACAGCGGUUAGUGGAGAGGACUUUGCUUCGGCUUCGGGACGGCUGUUGUUCACCCCAGGUCUGAUGUCACAACAUGUUUCAGUGCAUAUCCAUGAUGACAGUCUACCAGAGGGGCCUGAGAUGUUCUACUUCAACAUCACUGAUGUGGAUUUAGUCAAUGUUAGUGGUGUGGAUUACACAGUUACCAAGUCAGGUCUCCAACUGGACCAGCCUCCAAUCAUAGGUGACAACUCAUCUCUUGCUGUUGUAAUACUGAUAAAUGACAACGCUGAGGGUAUCUUAGAUUUCAGGCAUGACCACUUCAAUAUCACAGUUGAGGAGGAUGCAUGCACUUUGUCGAUCCCAGUGGUGAGGACUGCAGGUUCCUAUGGAACCAUCUCAGUAGAGUACAUUUCCAGAGGCCUGAGUGCCACUCCUGGUCUUGACUACAUUGCAAACAAUGGCUCAUUGACGUUCAUCCAUGGCCAGCAAACCAGUGUCCUUAAUGUUACAAUUUUAGAUGACAUGAAAAGUGAAUAUGCAGAGAUGUUCGAGAUCUUGCUGGUCGGAACCACAGGGGGAGCAGUACUCGGCUCUCAUACAGUCGCCAGGGUGAUCAUCAACAAAAGUGACACUCCAGGUGGUGUGAUGCGGUUCCUCAACGAAAGCCUAAUCACCAUCAACAACCCAAAAGACACCCGAAAACUCACGCUGGUCUUGGAGAGGGCGGGAGGUCUUGUGGGCAAUGCAACGAUUGCUUGGAUCAUCCUUGGUCCAAACAGCAGAGAGGCUCUACUUCCAUUUAAUACAGACAUUAGAGAGCCGUUAAAUGGGUCUUUUUUCUUCAGCGAAGGGGAGACAGGCACACGCACUAUUGCACUUCGGAUCCUCCCUCAUGGUGAAGUUGAGGUGGAGGAAACUUUUAUAAUAGAGCUCAGCCUUCUGUCUGGGGAUGUGGACAUCGACCCUCGGGCUGGAUCCAUAACACUGAAGAUUGAAAAGUUUGGGGACCCAAAUGGUAUAGUUCAAUUUACAGCGGAUGCACUUCAAGAACGUGUUUACAAUGAACCCACAGAGGCAGAAGGUCCAAUCCAUAUCUCUAUGCAAGUUACGCGUCGAGAGGGUGUCAUGGGUAAUAUUACGGUUCACUGGCAGAUGGACUCUGAUUUUGACAUAGAUGGAGACUUUUUUGCAUUUUCUGGCACCGUGCUGAUCAUGAAAGACCAGAGGGACGCAGAAAUCGUUGUUAGCCUGAUGCCUGACACUCUGCCAGAGCUGGAGGAGCUCUACACUGUUCAACUGACAGCAGUGGAGGGUGGUGCUACUCUGGAUGCCAAUUCUAAUCUUUUACGCACUCAUAUUAGCGUACGUGCAAAUGAUGACCCCCACGGUGUCUUCUCCUUGAAUCCUGAGGAGCAGUCUGUGUUGGUCGAGGGGUCUGGGGCUGAGGUCCGCAGAGUUCUGAUUAUGAACACGACUCGGCUAGGAGGUCUGUUUGGCAACGUCAGUGUGGGCUACAGAAUCACUGACGGGACAGAUGAGGUGCUGGGCAUGGACAUGUUUGUGGGAGGACAAGCUGACGGACAACUAUUGUUCACUGAGGGGCAGGUGUUCAGUAAUGUCACACUUUACAUCAGCAACCUGGCAUUUUUGUCCUUGGGUGGAAGUUUCAUAGUACAGCUAACUAAUGUAAGAAUGGUCAGUCCCUUACGUGGCACACCACCACGCCUCCAUCACGAGUCCACCGUUGCUAUGGUGACUGUGCCAGAGGAAGCCGCCAGCUCAGAGGUGGGUUUUGCCUCCCAGGCUUUAUUUGUUUCAAGUGUUGAUACAGGGAAAUGUGAGGCAAAGGUGACGCGAACAGGGUUGUUUGGGGAUAUCAGGGUGCAGUGGAGUGCAGGGUAUCCUCCAGGACAGUCUCCACCUGGUUUUAGAAUUGGAACAAUCAAGCCAAAUUCAGGCUCACUGGUCUUUUCCCAUGGAGAGAGGACAAAGAUAAUAGCUCUGAGAGCCAUGGCUGAUGCAUCUGAGCCAACUGCACAUGCGUUGCACCUCACUGGAGCCACCUCCAGUACUGCUGCGGGCAGCUAUGUCAAGCUCAAGUCAGGAUUUACAUUGGCUGAAGUGGAGCCGCUGGGAAUCUACCAGUUUUCUCCGGAUUCCCGCCAGCUGGUCAUUGAAGAGGACAUCCAGACUAUAACACUCUACGUCCAGCGGCUCUACGGUUCGAGUAGCAACAGCACUCGCCUGUCCUACAUGACAAUAGCAGGCAGUGCAGCUGCAGGAGCUGAUUUCAUCUCUGUGCCAGAGGGCCAUUUGUCUUUUGACUCUCCUCGCCAAACCAACACUUCCUUCCAGCUUUCAAUCCUCGAUGACCUCCUCUCAGAGCCAGAUGAAUAUUUUCACGUCAACCUUACCGCCGUUGAAGUCUUCACUCCAAACUUGGUCUGGCCAGAUGCCUUCCCUCGAAUCAACCCACCACACAGUCUGGCAACUGUCGCCAUCUUGGCGAGCGAUGUGACCAGUGGAGUGCUAAGUAUAGGUCCUGGACUGGUCGAAGUACCCGAGGACAAGGACGAAGAGAACCAGCAGGAGCGAAGGGUUCUCCUCAGAGUGCGCAGGUCAGAGAGUGUGGCUGAGAACGUACGAGUUAAGGUCCAAGCAUAUGGAGAUGGAAGCAAAACACCAUUCCCCUUCACCCUGGAGCCUGUUUGGGCUCUAGCGAAGGAGAAUCAGGACUUCCACUUGGACUCCAGCAUUGUGCAAUUGCCAGCUGGUCAGAAUGAGACAGAGGUGGUCCUCGUCAUCCUGGAUGACUCAGAACCAGAAGGACAGGAGGUGUUCUUUAUCUAUCUCAGUGAUCCUGAGGGUGGCGUAAAGAUCACUGAUAGGCCCCGCCAGGGCUUUGGGGCCUUUUCCAAGAUCACCAUCCUUGGAAGCGACUUCCAUAAUGGGAUUGUAGGCUUUAGUCACAAUUCUCUGAUGGGCCAGGUUCUGGAUGAAGAUUCAGACAACAAAACCGUUCAGCUGUACGUGCAGAGGCAGGAAAACAGAGCCUUUGAGGAUUUGCAGGUUUUUUGGAGGGCUACUUUUAACAAAGCAGCUCCAACUCUUGUCAGCAAUGGAGUAAACCUGACCAAACAGCUGGUGUACACAUCGGGAUUUAUACUAUGUAGAAGAGGAGAGAUCAUCUGUGCUUUUACUUUGGAGGUCCAACAUGAUGAGGAACCAGAAUACCGCACUUGGUUCUUCGUAGAAGUUUUUCAGGUGGGCUCAGGCGCCACCAUUAAUGAGACGAGCCGAUUCGCCAACAUCACCUUGGCAGAGAGCGACGAUCCACGAGGCGUUGUGUACUUCGGCAUGAGCCACAGGUUUCCCACCGCCACGCCAACGACCACAAAGCUCAGUCUCCAGGUGUACAGAAGAGCAAGCACAGCUUCAACAAUGUCUGUACGGUAUCAUACGCUGGAGCUUCCAAGGGAGGAGGUGCUCGGACCAUUUGUAAUCCAUCCUGCUAAAGAAGGAAUGGAUUUCCCUCAGCAAGAAGGCGAGCUGACCUUUGACGUGGGUCAAAACAACACAUCCAUCGACCUUUAUCUAACCCCUGACCUUGAGUCAUCUUUACCCCGGCCUAAACGCUUCCAAGUGGAGCUGUUCAAUGCAACAGGGGGCGCCAGAGUGCACACUGACUUUGGCUAUGCAAAUGUGACACUUGUGUCAAAUGUUGCUAGUGCAGCUACGUGGGCCUUGGUAGGAAAGUUGCAUCAACCCCUCAACUCAGCAACACUGAACCAGGUGUUGCGAGGACUCAUCGAUCGGACCGCCUUCACGCUGCCCCGAGAGCAGAUGACGGCUGUAUUUGAAGCUCUGGAGAAGGUGCUCGCAGUGUCUGACAGAGCAUCGAUUCAUGAAAGCAGCCGCAAUUUAACCUAUGACCUGCUGUGUGUGUUGGCCAACCCCAGCAGAGCCGACACACGGGGCCUUAGCCACCUCGCGGAAGUGGCUGAACGAUUCGCAUUUUCCAUCAUCACACGCAGUCAUUGUGAGAUAGGGGGCACCAUCCUGGACACAUGUGCACAUAUGUCCAUCUCUGCCUUCCAGUGGUAUCCCACACAAAUCAAUGGACACAAAUUCAGAGGGUCUAACACAGACUUUUUCCAGCUUCCUGACACUCUGCUGGCAGUGCCGGCCGUCUCCUCCCCUGACUGCAGGAACCUCAGCCGUAUUCAGCUGAUAGAGUUUAGAAAUGACCUCUGGUUUAUCACCAACAAUGCAACAAAUGCUCUCAAUGGGAAGGUUUUCUCAGUCAGUUUAGAGGACAGAAGAAGGUCAAGACCCCUUGGAGAUGGUAUAGAGGUGAUAUAUCGUAUCCACACUGCUGGUCAGCCACUUAAACCAGGACGUUCUAUGUGCCUUCUCUGGAACCAGACCACUGCAAGCUGGUCAUCGGAUCAUCAGUACUGCAGGGUUGUGAAAGAAAGCGGGAGCUACGUGGAGUGCGCCUGCUCCCACUUAUCUAUCUACACGGCCUAUGCUGAGUUUUCCCCCCUUGCAUCAAAUAACGAAGCCUUCUAUGCCUCCGGGUUCAUCUGCAUCUCAGCCUUUGCAUUGGCCAUUAUAGCACAUAUCCUGUGCUCCCGUUUCCCUAUGUUUGCUGCCAAAUUGCUCGUUCACAUGAUGGUGAGCUGCCUCGGAACACAGAUCUGUUUCCUGGUGUCAACUUUCCGUGGCCGGGUGUUUUCCGAGGACAGCUGUGCAGCUCUGGCGCUCUUCUCUCACUACUUCCACCUCAGCCAGUUCUUUUGGAUGCUCAUACAGGCUGUGAAUUUCUGGCAGGUGCUUGUAAUGAACGAUGAGCACACGGCGCGCCGAUACCUGCUGUACUUCCUUUUGGGCUGGGGUCUUCCUGCUCUCGUCAUCAUCAUCCUGGUCAUCGUGCUGCUCGGAGGCUUCGACUGGAGCAUCCACGCUGUCUACGGAUUGGUGCAAGGGGACGUGUGCUUCAUCCCGAACAUCUAUGCUGCUCUGUGCACUGCUGUGCUGGUGCCACUCAUCUGCCUGGUUGCUGUGUUGGUCAUCUUCAUCCACACCUACCAGGUCUCUCAGCAGUGGAAGGCUUACGAUGAUGUCUAUCGCGGGCGUACAAACAGCACAGAGGUGCCGCUUGUCCUUUACCUGUUCCUGCUCAUCUCUCUGGUGUGGUUGUGGGCAGGACUUCAUAUGGGCUACAAGCACAUGUGGAUGCUUGUCCUCUACAUCAUCUCUAACUGCGUGCUGGGACUGUACGUGUUUGCAGUCUACUUUGUCAUGCACAACCAGCUGUGUUGGCCUGCUAAAGCCACUUACAACGUGGAAAUGAGCGGCCAAGACAGUCCAGACUCCACCUAUCCGGGUGGGGGACCUACCACUAUAGGGACUGACAUCAACAAAUCAACGCAGAACCUCAUCAGCGCCAUGGAAGAGGUGUCAGCUGACUGGGAGCGUGCAUCGCUGAGGACCAGUACUCAGCCCACGAGCGGCUUCAAGGCCAGUCCGGUGAUGGGGACGUACCCCACUGAGGGCGGCUUCAUCAACACCAACCUGGUCGCUGCGGACGAGGAGUCCCAGGAGUUUGAUGACCUCAUAUUUGCCUUAAAGACUGGGAGCGGGCUUAACGUGAGCGACAAUGAGUCCAUCCCAGGCAGCCACGACGGGGGCAGCGUGAGCAGCUCCCAAAUCGUGGAGCUCCGAAGGAUCCCCAUCGCGGACACACACCUCUAACCCCUCAUCCUCAUAGCACAACACAGUAUUUUUAUACCACGACGACAUUUAUUUGCACUAAAUGUUUUCUUCGUCUUCUUUUUUUGUGGAAUAGAACAUUUUCACGUAGAGCUUUGAUAUAGAGCUUUGAUAUGAUUUGUACUGCUUUUAUAUGGAUGUAUGAACCUGUAUCAGAAUGUUGUACUAAAUUAAUGGAUGCAGUUUGACUGGAAUUUUUGUAGCGGUCUACUAAAUGAGAUAGAGCUGGUCUAACAUUGUUAAUAAAU